AUGGCUGACUCAAAGCUGGUGAUACCAUUGGAAUCCAAUCCUCAGAUCUUCACGGAUUUGGCGCAUAAAUUGGGUCUCUCGCCAAUACUCCAAUUCCACGACGUCUACUCCCUCACGGAUCCAGACUUGGUUGCAUUCUUACCACAACCAAUAUUCGGCAUCAUACUCUUGUUUCCCUUGACUCCAAGCUACGAGGCGUAUAGAAAGCGAACUGACCUGCAGAGCCAGGACUACACCAACGACAAUGGAAACAUCAAGUGGUUCAAACAAACCAUCCGCAACGGAUGCGGCCUCUAUGCGUUACUCCACAUUCUCGCGAAUCUACUGCCGGAUUUGAAUCUCUCAAAUCUGAAGAUCAGCGACUUGGUAAGCAAACUAGAUUCAAAUAAAUCAGUCGGGGAAACGAGUUUACUCGUGGAGGAAUUGGAGAAAAGUAUCCAAUUGGAUGAAAAUUAUGGCUCAAAGGGCCAGACCGAGGCGCCGGAAGCCGGCGCCGAUGUCAAUUUGCAUUUCAUUAGCUUUAUCAAGGGCACCGAUGACCAUUUGUAUGAACUUGAUGGUAGAAGGAAUGGGCCUAUUGAUUUGGGCCCCUUGAGUGAUUCUGGCAAGAGCAAUUUGAUUGAGGAAAUCAAGGUGCUGGAGAGGAUUCAGUUUUACAUCGACAAUACUGAUGACGAAAAUAAGCAUAAUUUUGCAAUCAUUGCAAUUGGACCCACUUUAGAUUAA